AUGGCAGUGCUAAUUAUGCGAUUGAAGCUGUUCUUCACACCUCAUCUAUGUGUCUGCUCUGCACUUUUGGCCAACAACAAGGGUGAUUUUGACAUACAUCUAGUACCAACCGAUUGUGUAGGGCUUCUUCGCACAAUCAAUGUACAUCUUGAUAAGCGCAUACACGCCGUAGUCAUGGUCGCACUGAUUGCCGUAAUGGCUUAUGAGGUCUAA